AUGCCCUUCCUCACGGACAAGAACAACCCCGUCGGCUACUGCGUGCAGGGUGCUAUCGAGUUUGGUAUGGACUCUCGACGACUCAUCCAGCGUUGCACCAAACCUGAUGCAAAGGAGUUCAAGAAGAUUGCGGUUGCCUGCGCAAUUGGAUUCUCCAUCAUGGGAUUCAUCGGCCAUGGGCUUGGCUGGACAGCUCGCAACAAACGAAAGUUAAGUUACCUUCUGCACACAAGAAUGACACAGUUCGCUUUGUUUGGUCACUUUUGA